AUGUCGCAACAGACAGCCGAACAGGCAAGCUACAAACGAAUCAUUCUCUGCGCCGAUGGGACAUGGUUGGCCUCCGACGUGGGCAAUAAGUCCGUGCCUUCGAACGUCGCAAAGAUUGCUCGAGCGAUUGCUACCAGUGGUGCCGAUGCCGAUGGAAUGAUCGUGAAGCAAAUCGUGUCAUAUUAUUCUGGCCUGGGAACCGGAGAUCUCCCGUUUCAGGCAGCUAUCUAUGGCUCCCUUGGUUGGGGUCUGGACGUAGAGGUGUGCCAGAUGUAUGAUUUUGUCGCGAAUAACUAUGUGCCUGGUGACGAGUUGUUCUUCUUUGGCUUCUCGCGCGGUGCAUUCAGUGUACGUUCAGUCGCCGGUCUGAUCAGUGAUGUCGGUGUCCUGUCUGCAGUGCACAUGUCGCACUUUCCUGAGAUGUGGAGGGCAUACCGUGAGAAUACAGACGGCAACUCGUUCACGAAGUCAACGUGGUAUCAGAAACACAAGGAUAAGCUGCGCUUGACGAAUAAUCUGAAAAUCAAGGUUAUCGGCGUUUGGGAUACCGUUGGAGCUCUGGGAGUCCCCGAAUGGCCCCUGGUGGGUUUAGCAGCAAAAGCUGGAAUUCCAAUCAAUAAGCAGUAUGCAUUUCACAACACGAACCUAGCAAAAAAUGUGGCGUAUGCUUUUCAAGCGCUCGCCAUCGACGAAAGACGACUCACCUUUCCUCCUACCCUCUGGCAUGCGAGCCCUGGUGCUCCGGCCAAGGAUCUUCAACAAUGCUGGUUUCCUGGCGUCCACGGCAAUAUCGGUGGGCAAGCAGAAUUUAUACGCACCGCGAGUGACUAUGAAGAAAUCGGCGACAUCGCAUUUGCGUGGAUGGUGGACAAUCUUUCUGGCAUGCUGACCUUUGAGGGGAUUGCAAUCAAUAAGCUCAUAAAACAGCAUCACGACGCGCUUGUUGAGAACAACGCCAAAAACAACGUUAUCAAUGGUUGGGGCUGUGGACCGAUUGUUUCCAAUUUCGCCGGGCUGCAAGGCGCCUUCUUCAGGGCUCUUGGGAAGCAAGAUCGCACACCAGGCAGCUAUCCGCGAGAUGCAGGCGACGGGAUUAGUGGUGCCACGAAUGAAUAUUUCCAUCCGAUCACUCGCAUCCGAAAGUCCAAGCUCUCCAACUAUCACCCAGCAUCGCUGAAUGGAUAUGCCCUCCAAGAGCCCGAUGGCACUGCUGGUUGGCAGUGGGUCAAGAAUGGCGUGGCGGCAAUUCCCGAGUACGUGCUGCGCCCCGAGAAGACGAUGAGUCUAGCGGUGUACGGGACAGGUGAAUAUAAGAACGUGGAUAGCUUGUCUAGGUUGCUGUGCCCAGCAGCCGUUCUAGCAGACCUUGAUAGGGACAACGGGGUGAUACCUGAGAGUGAUCAGGUGACAGCGGGGAUAACAAUGAAAGAGGUUGAAGGUAUAGACGUCUGA